CCCAGUAGCGUUCUGUGGCCUUGACACCCCACACGCCAAACCGAAUGGGAACUCAGGUGAUCGUUGGAGUUGUGCUUGUGCUUUGUUUAAACAUAUACGCAGUUUUGAGUAUACGGUGUUACAAAUGCAAUUCCAACAACGAUCCGGGGUGCGCUGACUUUUUCAGCAACCAAACCUACGAGCUGCAUACAUGUGAACCAGAUCAGUUUAUGUGCCGAAAAUUGGUACAAGAGACAUAUUACCAAGGUAAAUGGGACGUCCGUUACAUCCGAUCCUGUGCCAGGUUGGGCGAGGUCGGAGCCGACGAGGGGCGCUGGUGUCAGGAGCGUACUGGGACGUACAGAAUUAAAGUCAAAUACUGCCACUGUGUUAACAAGGACGGAUGUAAUGCUGCCACAAGGACAUAUAUUUCUUAUUUAACUUUUCCAGUUUUGUAUGUCAUUCAAAAAUAUGUGCCCGGAAUUUUGAGAGGUCUCUGAAGAUGUUCAACUCAUAUUAACUUUUAAUUAGCUAUUCAUGUAACAGUAUUUUACUAAAUAUUAUUUAUUACUAAUGUUUUAUUGAGUUAUUCGAUGAUAAUUAUCUGUUUAAUAACGAUUCUUCUCAUUUUGGUCAUUAUAAUUUGCGUAAUCUGGUUUAUAUGAUGACUUAUAAGCUCUGCAUAAAAUGUACGUAAGGAUUUUUGUGCUGUAAGCAAUAAAUUUAAUC